AUGUCGCAGCAGCGCCGCCGCAGCGCGGCAGCCGAUGCGCUGCUGGCGCUGGCGGUGCUGCUGGGGACGUCGCCGCCGGACGCAGCGGCUCAGCUUACGGCCUGGCGGCCCCUCGUGGCGCGCGUCAACAAGGACGCCUCCACCUCCCUCUACACCAUCGCCAUCAAGGACGGAGGGGGGCCGCUCCUCCUCGACCUCGCCGGCCCAAUGCUCUGGGUCGCCAACUGCCCCUGCACGCACUGGGCCAUCGGGUGCGGCGGCAGCGACUGCAAUGGCAUCCGCAAUAUGUUCACCCCGGAUGUCUGCGAUAGUGCGGAAUGGCCGGUGCAGGGGCAGGACCCGUGCAUCUGCACCGCCUUGCCGUGCAACCCGGUCGACGGGCGCUGCGUCGCCGCCCAAGCCACCACCAUCUCGAUCGCCGCCAACACCACGGACGGCAAGAACCCACUCUUCCCGGUCACCUUCCCCGUCGUCGGGUCCUGCGCGCCGGGGGAGUUCUUGACCUCGCUCCCGGCGGGCGUGGCCGGCGUCGCGGGGCUUGCGAGGCUGCUUAACUCUCUGCCGUUGCAGGUCGCCCAGUGGUACCGCCUGAAGCAAGAGUUCGCGCUGUGCCUGCCCAGGGCUGGGGACGGCGUGGCCGUCUUCGGCGGCGGCCCGUUCCAGCUCCUGGCCGCGCCAACCGUGGAGGUCGCCGAUAGCCUCCGCAAGAACCCUCUCCCGUUCCUCUUCAACCCCAAAAACCGCGCCUACUACUUUACCAUCACCGGCAUCGCCGUGAACCAGCAGCGCGUGCCCACGCCGUCCGGCGCCUUCGACAUGGAAAGGAGAGGCCAAGGCGGCGCCGCCUUCAGCACCGUCACGCCCUACACCGCGCUCCGCUGGGACAUCUACUGGCCGCUCCGAAACGCGUUCGACGCGGCCACGAGCGGCAUCGCGCGCGCGGAGAAGGUGGCGCCGUUCGACAUGUGCUACCAGGCGUCGGAGCUCGCAAUGACCAGCGUGGGCUAUGCCGUGGCCAACAUCGACCUGAUGCUGGACGGAGGGCAGAACUGGACACUGCCCGGCGCCAGUUCGCUCGUGCAGGUGAACGACCAGACGGUGUGCUUCGCGUUCGUUCAGACGGAUUCGUCGGUGCCGGCACAUGCUGAGUCGCCGGCGGUGAUCCUCGGGGGGCACCAGUUGGAGAACAACCUGCUGAUAUUCGACCUGGACAAGGACACGUCCGCGUUCAGUGGGCUGCUCCUCGGCAUCGGCACUACCUGCAGCAACUUCGACUUCAGCAUGGGGAGUUCUUAGAAGAGUGUCACUGAUCUUGCGCCGGAGUGCCACCGUCACCAUGUCCGUUUGUACUCGACUACGGUUUCGUUUCAAUAUUACUAGCGUACUAGUGUUGUGUUAGUAACGAGAAUAAAAUGAUACAGAUCGUCAAGGAUUUCAGAUUUUAAAUGGAUA